AUGAAGCUGAAAGUCAAGGAAGCCGACAAAAAGAAGAAAAAGCAGGCCAAGAUUGAUCAAAUUUUAGAUGAAGUUGCCGAUUCCGAUUCUGAUGACCAAGUACAAGUUAGUCCACACAACUCCACUCUCGCACUCUUUCAUCCAGUUGGCAAGAGAUGCUCCGACUUAGGACCCGAGACGCAAGCCCUCACAUCGAACACACUCCAACUGUAUGAGAGAGGAGAAAAGGGACAAAAUAUUGUUUUCCUAAAAGACUCCAAGUCAGCUCUUCAGGCUCUCUCAGCAGGUCCAUCAGACAUCUUAACGAGACAGCUGCUGGAAAACAUCAAUCUUCUGUCUGAGAACAGCAAUGUAGCAUUUCAAUGGAUUCCUGCACAUGUGGGCAUAGCCGGAAAUGAAGCUGAGGACAAACCUGCAAAGGAAGCCACCAAGCAAAUACAGCCCCAAGCUCCAACUUCAUACAGAGAAGCUCAAACUCUGUUGAAGAACAGCCUUGUGUCGGACGGGAAGAACAUAAAUAGAGGCUACCUGCCCAAUCAUGACAGUUUACACAAGUUAAUCAAGCACAGCCAACAACUCCGUCUGCGCACUGGACACCUUGGCCUGAGAAAACAUUUGAAGAAGUGUUGCAGAGACAGCUAA